UUCAGCUCAUGCCGGGGCUGGGCGGCGCUGCCACCCCCCUCGCUGCCCUUGCCCGGCCCCGGGCGGGCGGAGCGGGGCGGGUCGGGGGCGGCCCGGGGGCGGCCGCGGGGCUUUAGGGCGGCGGGUGGCAGCGCCCGCCUUCUCAGUGGCGGCGGCGUCGGUCGCGUCGUCGGGCGCUGCCCGCGAUGGAGGACCUGGGGUUGGCGGCGGCGCGGGUGGGCGCGGUGUGGCUGGCGCUGGUGUUCGCCUUCAUCGUGCUACCCUCGGCGCUGGGCGUUUCGCUGGGCAUCUCUGAGGCCUACAUGCGGGUCCUGGUGAAGACGCUGGAGUGGGCCACUAUACGGAUAGAAAAAGGUGUCAAAAAGCCACAGCCACAGAUGCUAAAGACUCCUGCUGCUAAUGGUAUCAUUGAAAGAGAUGAAACGCCUAUGGAGAAAGAAAUCGCACGUCUGCAUCGAGUGGACUUUGAAUUCUCUGACAUAUUCUACUUCUGCAGAAAAGGGUUUGAGGCCAUUGUGGAAGAUGAAGUCACCCAAAGGUUUUCCUCUGAAGAGCUGGUCUCCUGGAAUCUCCUCACAAGGACUAAUGUUAACUUCCACUACAUCAGCCUGAGGCUGACUGUUGUGUGGGUCAUUGGGGUUAUAGUGCGUUACUGUUUGCUGCUGCCCCUACGCUUUACCCUUGCUGCCAUUGGGAUCACCUCAAUGAUUGUGGGGACAACAAUAGUAGGACAGCUGCCAAACAGCAGUGUGAAAAACUAUCUGAGUGAAGUGGUCCACCUCACGUGCUCCCGCAUCCUUGUCAGAGCUCUGUCCGGUACUAUCCAUUACCAUAACAAGGAAAACAAGCCUCAGAAAGGAGGAAUUUGUGUUGCCAACCAUACAUCACCAAUAGAUGCGAUCAUUUUGACAAAUGAUGGAUGCUAUGCAAUGGUUGGCCAGGUUCAUGGUGGGCUAAUGGGAGUUAUUCAGAGAGCCACAGUCAAGGCCUGCCCUCACGUCUGGUUUGAACGCUCAGAAAUGAAAGACCGCCAUCUAGUGACAAAAAGACUCAGGGAACAUGUGGCAGAUAAAAGCAAGCUCCCGAUCUUAAUUUUUCCAGAAGGCACCUGCAUAAACAAUACAUCUGUGAUGAUGUUCAAGAAGGGGAGCUUUGAAAUAGGAGGGACAAUCUAUCCUGUUGCAAUCAAAUAUGAUCCUCAGUUUGGAGAUGCGUUCUGGAACAGCAGCAAAUAUAACAUCGUGAGCUAUCUGCUGCGAAUAAUGACCAGCUGGGCCAUUGUUUGCAAUGUGUGGUAUAUGCCACCGAUGGUUAGAAAGGAAGGCGAAGAUGCUGUUCAGUUUGCAAACAGAGUGAAGUCAGCCAUUGCUCGCCAAGGAGGACUGACUGAACUUCCCUGGGAUGGAGGUCUGAAACGUGCAAAAGUCAAAGAUACUUUCAAAGAAGAACAGCAGAAAAACUACAGCAAGAUGCUAGUGAGAAAUGGAUCAAUAGGAAGUCAGCCUACAGGAACAGAGUCAGACUGAAUGGUGGUUCUUGAAAACUAAUUUUGCACAACCAGCCUUAGCAGGAAUAAUGUUUUUUUAAUUUUUAAAAAAGAAACAAACCAAAAAAAACCCUACACCACAAACUGGAGCAACAAAAUCCCUCAUCAUGUGUAUGCGUAUUCUCUGUAUGGCUGGUGCAGAGCCUGCUAAAAGCAGUGUCUCUACCUCUCUCCCUCCCUUUUCACUCUUCUCACUCCCCUGUCCCUCCCCAUCUUCAUGUGAUAAUGCACUGCAGCUCCUGGUAUUCUCGAGCUGAAUGUGUGGAGAGUUAAGAGACAAAAGGAAAAGAGCACCACAGUUUUUCUGAGUUUGUAAGGAUGAAGUGAAGUACACUGAACAGAUGCUGUCAGGACACUGGUUGUGAAGAUACCUCUUGUUCAUGGUACUUUGAAGCUUUAAACAUAAUAAUCUUGUCUUUUUUUCCUGUUGCUCACAGACUUUUAGUUGUAGUUGACUUAAAUAACUUGUUUUAGGAUGUUGUCAGAACUGUAAGAUUGACUCUCUUGCUUAGCUUGCACCUGGAUGUGCAAGGGGGGAAGGGUCUGCAGCUCUGAAAGGAUGGGAAGGGAGCUGCCUUGCCAAAAGCGCAGCUCACAGACCAUGAGGAAUUUGGUGGCCUUAUAACCUGGUAUUACCUUUAUUGAGAACUGCUACCUGAGGGAAGAUAAGGAGCAAAUCCUCAAUCUCCCUGUCCAGUGCUACUGUCAAAAUUGCUUUCCUGAGAUCUGGAGCUGUAAAGGUAAGAUAUAGUAAGCAACUGGAUAACAUAGGCUAUGACAGAUGAAUUUCUAUGAAGUGGGUUUUCAAGACUACCCUUCUGCAAAAAUUUCUGCUAAUGGCUUAAAGAUCUCAAGAGCCACUCCAGAAACACAUUUUGUGUUGAUCUGGGCUAGCAAUAGCUAUCACAACUGUACACAUAGGAUCCAUAAGUCAUCUAUGAUACAAGAUGUGGCAUGUUCAAAUCUGCAACAUAUUGCUGUCUGAAUGUAAAGAGAAAUAAAUUCUAUAUUUCUAAUGG